CUAUGAUGCAGAUCAAAACAUUAAUCAGGUCGUUCCUACUUCGGGUUUGUAUGGAAAUGAGCCAUUAUAGCCCGCCCCUCGAGCCGCUUUGGAAAGCGUUUACAAGAGUAUAAAUGGCUGUACUGAUGGUGCGAAAAGUUAGAAGAGUUAAGGAGAAUUGAACUUGGGGAAAAUCUACAACAAUGGAGCUCAAUUCAUAUUUUCUGAUCCUUUCAUGCUCUUUUUGUUACGUCGUUGCAUUUUCAACGAAACAAGAGGUGUGUCUACUUCAAGUAGAUGAGGGACCUUGCAAAGUAUAUCUCCAACGUUACUACUACAAUACUUUCACUCAACAAUGCGAAGAGUUUGUCUAUGGAGGCUGCCAAGGGAAUGCAAACAACUUCAAGAGUUUUCUGGCGUGUGAGAUAGCAUGUUUUGGAAUACCAAAGGUCCCCCAGAUCUGCACGUUCCAGAAAGAGGCGGGUCCCUGUGAGGCCUAUAUGCCGAGCUACUUCUUCAACAUGAUCACCAUGCAGUGUGAGCAGUUCAUCUACGGAGGCUGCCAUGGCAACGCGAACCGCUUUCAGGACCAGUUGUCUUGCAUGGAGUACUGUAGACCACAAUCUACUCCUGUGCUCUGCCUGGAUCCCCUGGAUAAAGGAGGAUGUGCUGCAUCUAUACCGCGCUACUACUACAACUCAGCCUCCAGGAUGUGUGAGGCAGUUCAUCUAUUCAGGUUGUGGAGGAAGCAGCAGCAACUUUAUAUCCAGACAAGCUGCAUGGACAUCUGUGCUAAAUGGGGAAAAUCUACAACAAUGGAGCUCAAUUCAUUGAUUUUUCUGAUCCUUUCAUGCUCUUUUUGUUACGUCGUUGCAUUUUCAACGAAACAAGAGGUGUGUCUACUUCAAGUAGAUGAGGGACCUUGCAAAGUAUAUCUCCAACGUUACUACUACAAUACUUUCACUCAACAAUGCGAAGAGUUUGUCUAUGGAGGCUGCCAAGGGAAUGCAAACAACUUCAAGAGUUUUCUGGCGUGUGAGAUAGCAUGUUUUGGAAUACCAAAGGUCCCCCAGAUCUGCACGUUCCAGAAAGAGGCGGGUCCCUGUGAGGCCUAUAUGCCGAGCUACUUCUUCAACAUGAUCACCAUGCAGUGUGAGCAGUUCAUCUACGGAGGCUGCCAUGGCAACGCGAACCGCUUUCAGGACCAGUUGUCUUGCAUGGAGUACUGUAGACCACAAUCUACUCCUGUGCUCUGCCUGGAUCCCCUGGAUAAAGGAGGAUGUGCUGCAUCUAUACCGCGCUACUACUACAACUCAGCCUCCAGGAUGUGUGAGCAGUUCAUCUAUUCAGGUUGUGGAGGAAGCAGCAACAACUUUAUAUCCAGACAAAGCUGCAUGGACAUCUGUGCUAAAGCUGGGAAACCAUUUUGA